AUGUCUCGACAGAAGGAUAGGCAAAUGGGUCUUGGGACAUGCAAUUGGGACUGUUUUGGUGGGUCUUGUGACCAGGAAAGUGCUCAGAAAGUCGAUUCAUCCGGGAAUCGGGGGCCUUUGAAUCUAUCACCCCGCAAGCUACCGCAGCCUCCUAUUGACGGUGUCGGGAAGAUGAAGCACUUUCUGGUAGCAAACAAGACUGAUUCAGAGCAACAUUCAUGUAAAUUGAAUUGUCGCAUAAUGGAUCAGCAUGCCGAUGUGCUAGGGGAAGUGGGUAAGGCUGGCCUGGCGGAAGGGAAUGGGACUUUGGAGCGAUGGAGCGAUGGAGCUAUGACUGCGGACGACACGCCCAGUAGGACGGGAGGAUCGGAUAUGCAAGGAAGUGUGAGUAGACUGACCUCUGGAGGGGUUCGGAUGACUCUUGGUGAUUACCGAUCCCGUCAACCUGGUAGACCAACGAAGCGGCGAAUGCUGAGGAUGCGCCCGAAGGCUGCUAAUCUUACCGUUGAGCACCACACACCAGCGGCAGGAUUCAGCGCUAGUGGGCUGUGGUCCGCGAGCGAUGAGGCUCUGCUAGGCGGCCGAGGAUGGCGCAGUAGCUGUGUAGUCAGCUCAGGUGCACGGCUCCCGCUGAUGAGUGGAGAGUGCCGCUGGGGUGACUGUGGCGGGCUUUGGGCGGGUCUGUGGGACGCGAGACAGCUCGAGAAUGCUAUCCUAAGAACAGAGGAGAUAGUUUCUGGGUUUGAAGUGGGCUCUAUGACCUUUGCAAUGGCAGGGAGCAAGAAUGCGGAGGGCCGGGGCCAAAGCGAUGAAUCAGAAUCCGUGGGCAGUACCGAUGGAGAAUGGGAAGUGCGGGUAGUAAUGCAGAGGGCAGAUGGGGGGAGAGGACAAGCGUUCAGGAACCAAGGCUGGACGGCAGAGAAUGAUAUAGGCAGGGCCCAUGCUAGCUGCAAGCAUCAGCACGACGACAUGUUUAUGAGCGGACAUCUGGCUGGUGCGGGCCUGGGGGACCCAUUCAGCGCUGUGAAGGGCACCCGAGCACGUGAUGCUAAGCAUCGCCUCAGAAGAGCGCUCGCCGCUGUGUGGAUCGUGAGGUCGCAGGAUGGGAGGCAGACUGAGAAGAGCGAGCAAGCGAAGUAUCGGGGCAUCUAUUCCUGGAGUGGCUUGCAUGCAACCUUAAUCGCCAUCCCUGUCAGCAUCUGCGCAUCAAGCCCGCCUCAGCCAGGCGCGGCCAAGCUGGACGAGCAGCGCGCGUUCACCUCUCACCUCUCACGACUCCAGCAAACCUCACGACGGCACGACAACAUGGGAGCUUGGAAGGGAGCGCUGCGUCCUGUACCACGUCGGCCCCCCCCAAUCUCCCACUUUCCCCUUCUCCCGGGCAUCCGCUCCCUUUCCUUUGUCCGUUUCGUGCGUUUUGUGCUCACCUCAGGCCUAGUGCUCGUCGCCCUGUUUAUUGCGUCCGUGGCUCGCGGAGUCGCAGCGGACGCUUCGGGACUGGGCCACGGAAGAAACGAAACCACCAUUGUGCCUCAUGCCUCCUGCGUCUCUGCGGCGAGGCAGGACGAGGCGAGAGGGCGCUGUCGACUGUCCACUUCUGUCCUGACUGCGGAAAUGGCUCCUGAAGGCUCAGUGGAGACUCCCUGUAGUUUUCGAGCAAUAUCGAAACGCUGUCCACUUGGACACUUCGCAUUUUCUGCGACGUCCACGCCUGACAGUCGCAGUCCGCAACUCGCUCGCCAGCGGACUCAACGGCUGCCUGACUCCCUUGCGCGCAGCGAGCUGCCAUCUCAGCAUAAGGAUGGUCAAACUGAUACCGUAUCACCCAACGCCAUUACCCUGAACCGGAGUGCGGCGGCUUGCUUGCGGCUGUGUCGAUCGCACGUCAGCCGCAUCACCAACCAGAAGCAUCGCCAUAAAUCAUCCUCUUUGAGCAACGGGCAUGCAGCAUCGCCACGGCCUCGAAUCUCUCAAUCUGUCAAUCUGGGCUCCUUGCAGGAGCAUCUCUGCACCACACAGGCACCAUCGCGCCUCAGCGAAACCAGAUCCUCUCCCAGCACGCAGCAAACGUUGCCCACUGGGGAUACUGCGUUUCAUCUCCGCAUUUUGAUAAAACGGAUCGCGGCGCUGCAUCGUUUGCGGUACUUCCUCCCCUCGUCUGAUUGCAUUAAUUCUCCUUCACCCACAUCAUCGGCACACACUCCGCCCACCUCCGCCCACCUCCGCCAGGUCGUGAGUGCGAGUUCGCCUCAAACCGUCCAAGCCCUCCUGUCCGGUCCUGGCGCUGCACCACUUCUUGCUGCUUGCAUACACUCCCCGGGGAUCGUCGCCCGCGGAGCUACGCAUCACAGAGAUAGGGCACCAUCUGGUUGGGCCCUCUUCACGGACAAUUAUCUAUCCUCUCAUCUGAAGCGCUAUCCGUUUGGACUCAUUCCCAGCUCUUGUUCAAGCGGAUUGCCGUGCUCUCCCCUGCUGGAGCCAACUGGCCUAGCAAGUGUUCUCAGUCAAUCAAGUUCGCCCAGUGCCUCCAACUUGCAGAUAUGCGUCGCCAACAUUGACAUCAUGAGCCAUGGCUUCAUAGCUCGACUUCGACCAGGAUAUAUCUCUCUCCACGAGGUUCGCCCACCAUGGCCUCGGGUCUUCCGUCACCAACAGCUGAAACGUGCAUGGACAACAUUUAAUCGCACAGCAAGACCGUGCCGGUACCACGGUCAUCGAACGACGACUGAUAUAUCGAAAUCAUCUCCGCUAAUAAUUGGAAUGGCGACUCUUGUGCGACGCUUGCCAACGGAGCUCGCAGUACGUCCUUAUUUCUUCAUCUCAAUUGGUUCUCUUCUUUGGUCGCACACACAUAACUACCGUUUCCUUUCCCGUUACAUCUACUACACCAAAACAGGUUCUCUUGCCUCAGCUCUCAUCAGCCACCUGAAGCAUCACGUUCGCUGUGCAAAGUCUCAACAAUCAUUCACCGUACUCGGCGCGCCAAGCGGAAGAUUUUGUGCGGCCGGGGGUCCCUCAAUUAUCACGAGAAGUGGCAAUACUCCAUCCCUGGCCUCUGGGACUUGUUCUGCAACUCCACCCCAAAAGGAUUUGAUGCAGUACAGCGACCACAAACCGCCAUCGGGCCGCGACCAUCAUGCGAUUCUUGCAUUCGGCACCCCGCCAGUCCAUCACCUCUCCAUCACUUUGGAGAAACCCAAUCUACGCUUUACUGUGAUCACCACUUGUAACCACCCCUCUCGACCUGGUUCCCGGGCUCUUGCUGCAUCCCGUUACACGAGCUUCUAUGUAGCCUCGAGGGAAGCAAGGGCUCCAUCCCAAAGACCAGGUCCCCUUUCAGACCAAGUGAUCGUUCUCGAUGGGCACACGUACACGGGUGACUCGCAUAAACCAUGCUCGAUUUUGGGCGACGACAGGCUGUUUCGGCCACGCAACGGUUCUCCAAUCGGUGCUUGGAAGCCACAAACAUCCGAUCCGAAUCACAGUCGCCACACUUUGAAUCGACAAGCCACCUUCUUUCAAGUAACAAUCACUGGUGAGUUUCAAAUUCCCUUACGUAUGUCCGCAUCCAUUUUAUUUUCCAUGAAGAAGUAUGAUGUCCUACAGAAUCACUUUUUCUCCUUGAUUCUGAGGCACGUGACUCUGCCAGGUUUUGAGCCAUUGACUUGAGCCGGAAGCCUGUUUACAGUGUUCAAGUGAGGAAUUAGCAUUAUUCAGAUUAGUCUGUGGUCUGUGAAUGUAUCUUAAACAUGUUUCUGUUUGCAAUUUGAUGUAGUAGAUUGGUGUCCUGUUGAAGAGAAUUUAAGAGAAGCGGAAUUCU